AUGAUGUUUAUUGGGUUUUGCAGCUUUCCUGUCGUCUUUUAUUCUGGAUUCUGUGUGCUGGGAAGUGGUUGGAGUGGUGAAGCUGUGGAAUGAGUGGUGUCGAACAUCCAGCACCACAAAUGUCCUCCCCACAGAUUCUUUCUGUUUGUUCUACAGAUUGAUAUCAGACCCCACAGUUCUGCUGUGCCAGUGUAGUUGCUACGUGGCUGAGGAUCAACAGUUCCAGUGGCUUGAGAAGGUUUUUGGCUCCAUGCAAAAGGAAGGUUUGCAGGUAACCAUCCUCUCAACGUGCCCCGUGGCUGAUUAUAAAACUCAGGAAUCCACUUUAACACUUGCAUCUCCAUUCCUGAAAGCCUUGAAGACCAAAGAAUUCCAGGAGCAGGUUUGCUGCCCACUGCUGGAACAGCCCAACAUUGUGAGGGAUCUUCCUGCUGCUGUUUUGAGUUACUGCCAGGUCUGGCAGAUCCCUGCAGUGCUGUACCAGUGCUACACUGAUGUCAUCAAACUGGACACGGUGACAAUUGAGGCCUUCAAGCCUCUGCUUUCCUCUAAAGUCCUCAAGAGUUUAGUCAAGGAUGCAUCUGAAAGCACGAAGAUGUUGAAGAAGUUCCUGACAACCACUGAAAGUCACAAUAAUAUCUAUAUUUAACAAGGACAUUUGUGCCACAGGCUGCACUUUUGGAAACUCCAGUUAUUCCUGCAGAAGACUUUUGGGAAUUUUAAUUUUUUUUUUCUUUAAAAGUAGAAUAAAUUCCAGGGGGUUUUUACUUCUCCACUCAUUUUUGUUGCUUUCAGCUUCAUCACUGCCAACACAUGGAUUCCUUCUGCUUGGCUUGGGAGACUUUUUCUGGAGUGACUUCAGGAAAGCAGCUUGUUAUUCUCCUCCUGAAGGGAUUGUCUUACCUAAACAUAAAUUAAAAAUUACAUAUAAACUCCUUUUGUAUGGAAAAGAGGACAUGCAGUUAAGGGACCCUGUCUAAAUCUAACAAGAACACCUAUUUUUAACUUUAUUUUCAGUCACAGAGUAUUUUCUAAUACCUGAUGCUCUUUAAAGGUUUGGCUGUGAUGAAGAUACACUCUGUGCCCUUUUACAUCCAUAAAUAUAUAUAAUUUUGUUUGUGUGUCUGCACAUAUUUUUUAAUGUGUGUGUUGAUGCAAAAUACAGUAAGUAAAGAAUGGAAAAUGCCUUUUAAAGACUUAAAUAAACUGGUGAAAGGGGCUUGCAGGAUCACAAGCUGCUUCAGCUGGACUUGCCAGGACAAUUAUCCAUUUUAAAGCUCCAAACUUUUCGCAGCAGUAGGGAUAAUACAAGAUCUCCAAUGCAGAGCUUGUGAUUUUUAGAGGAAAGUAAAAAAAAAGGUUUUAAAGUGUCUCAGAAAAUUCUCUGGAAGUUGUUAACAAUUUCAACAGUUUAUUUAAAAUAUUUGCUAGGAUUGAGGUGCAGUUCUGGGUUGUUUAUGCUCCGUUUAAUUUAGCAUUUUGUUUAAGGAAGUGGCAUUAAAAGUGGUGUUUCUGUUGCUCCCAGGGGAAUUCUGUUCUCUGAGUUUAACUUUGCACUGGAGGCUCAGUUCCUUUAAAUUGCUGUUCAUGUUAUUGCAGAGAAGCAAGAAAAUGUUCCUUCAAGUGCUGCUGGAUUUUGGAACUGGAUUUUGGAGCAAAGCCUGAAGCCUGAAGUGCAGGCCAUGGUUCCUUCUGUGAUUUUUUGGGGGGAUUUUUCCCACUUUUGUCCAUCAUUUUAGUCCUAAAAUGGUUUCUUUGAGUGAGCUGAGGAUUCCCUUGCUCUGAAAGCUGCACAUUGGCUGCACCAUUUCCUUGCUUGUACCUGUUUGAUUUAUAAUAAAUAAGGUGGAUAACAAAAAAUAUCUUUAAUAAUAAAACUGCAGGCUCUUGUAGGAACUGUGAAUGUAUUUCUGGUUUCAGUGUGAUCACCCAGGCAGUUUGCAAUCUCUCAGAAUAGUUAUUUUAUUAUAUAUAAUUCAGUUUUUACCACCUGGGUGUGUGCUGAGGUGUGAGAAUGCUCUUAAACACCUUGAAGAAAAGUGACAAACAAAGCACUGGCAAUUUGGGAGAUGAAAUUACACUGAAAACUGGUGGAUUGGGCAGAAUUCCUCAAAGGUUAAUUUAAUUAUUCCUGCUUCCAGGGGUGUGACAGCUCUGCAGAGCUGCAAGUGUUUAUGUAUGAUGUGGUAAGUAAGUACUAUAGGGCAGUGAAAUAAGAUGUUUUAAUUUAAAAUUCUGUCUCUUUCCAGAAUUUCAUGGGUAUUUUAAUUUAGAAUUCUGUCUUUUUCCAGAAUUUGUUGUGGGAAGCAGCUCAUUUACCCCUUAAGUAGUUGUGGAAUCAGAACUAAUGAUGCCCAUGUAUCUCAUAAGACAUGAAGGUUUUUUUCAUAUUUGAAUGUUGCUGCCUUUUUUUUCCCCUUCUGUGCUCUCCAGUACCUACCAAGAGCCUGCAAUAAGGCUUUUCUUAUUUCUUAUAAUAAUAAUAAUAAUAAAUUUAAUACUUGUA